AGGUUUUGGAUGAAAUCUCACAGUCCUAUGAGAUAUGAUAAAACGUGACUGUGUCGUGUCCUCUACUGCUCCUUCAUAAAACACACUACUCUGAACCAGCACGAUGGCAUACAACCCUGACUCGUCCACCAAACUAUCCACAUUCGGCUCCAAGUUCCUCGACUCCUCAGUUUCCUCUGUACCUCCCUCCGUCAGAGAGUUCAAACAGCACCCAGACGACCUGUUGGCACCUUGCCAGGGUGCUAGCUUACCCUCUACUCUAGGUACCACCUGCACCACUACCUUCAACAUGACUUCCAACACCGGCUCCAGCUAUGAAGUACCUGCCAGGUCCUACUCUUACAGUUCCCCGUACAACACGGCAGUUCCUCAGCCUCCUCUCAAGUUCUCCCAGUCCUCUGCCUCUUAUAUCCGUGUUUCUGAGAGCAUUGUGGAGGGACUUAACGGAACCUCAGGGUACGACUCUAACUUCAUGAUAAAGGAGGAGCCCUGGGACCAGCCCAGCGACACCAAGAACAAUUUCGUCUCAACCCCGCUCCAAUUGCACUUUAACGACUCUCCGUACAGCUCUCCCAACAACAAGUCAGACAAGAGUUCAGUUCAUUCGCCCUCCGACUGCUUGGUCUCUCCCUUCACCUCUCCUACUCCUCACUUCUCAUUCGACGCCACCUCGCCCGGUUACCUGGUCUCCAACGACUACCCCUCCUCGCUGCACAGGGACACCACACCACUUCACCUUAACGGGUUUGUGAGGAUUGAGAAGAGAGGGAAGAGAGGACGACCGCGCGGCAGCAAGAACAGAUCUACUCUCGCUAAAACAAUAGACCCUUCACUCUUCCCUGCAGGGGCUCUCUUCCCUGGGAAAAAACGAGGUCGCGGAUCAAGACUACGUGGACAAAACCCAGGGAUCAGGGCGCGAGUUAACUACCGUGCAGUAAACGGUUAUCCAAAAUCCUUAGAUAGUUCAGAUAGCCGUGAACACAUCAACAAGAGAGGGAGUUCGACAAGAGGCAGAGGUGCUAUGAGAAUGUGUAAGAUUUGUGUGAAUUGCCUCAGAACGGAUGACUGCGCGGAAUGUGUCUUUUGUAAGGACAAGAGUAAAUUCGGAGGUUCAAACAAGCUGAAGCAGAAAUGUUUGAAGAAGCAGUGCGUUUACAAAGGCAAGUUUAUCGAGCACGACAAUCCCACUGAAGCUACAUCUCGUUACAUAGUACAGAAGAAGUCGUGUGCUAACCCUCCCCCUCUCUCUCAUCCUCCUCUAAGCGAUGUGAUGACCGGAUCCCCUCUCAUCCCCACUUCACCUAGCAUCCUCGACAAGCCUGUCUGCACCCCUCCCUCUAUCUACUGUUCUCAGGGUGGAGCCUACACUCUGUCCAGUGAUCACUCCCCCGGGUUCCCGGGUUCCUCCGCUCACAAGUUCCCUUACAGCGAAGAGCCGCACUCCCCCUUCAUCUCCAACAACGACCACCUCUUAGAUUCGAGAUUGAACCACUCCCUGAGUCAAGAUAGCCACAUCUCGUAUCUGCAGCCCGAGGAUCACAUGUCCGGUGUACUGUCUCCCCACCAGAAGUCUCCUCCCUUCACUUUCUCCCCACAAAACGACCACUUCUCCCAACAACCGGAGUUCUUGCAGGAUAUACCCGUUAAAGUGUGGAUGCAGGCUGAUCUAGCAAAGGCACAGUCGUACGACUGAGAUUUUAUAUUUUAGGCCAUCAAUCUCAAGUUACAAGUGUUAUGCUGGAUGGGAAAUACAAAUUGCACAAUGUAUAAUCGACUAAUUUCAGUCAAAUAAUGGACUGAAUGCGAACAGGAGAGAUUAUUCGCUCAGGACUUGGCAUGAAGAUCUAGAUAUCCUCUGAUUGAGGCUAUGUCCAGGUCGGUAGGUUGAACUUAAAGAAUUGCAGCUGCGCCCAUCUCUCCCAAAUCGCGAUGUAAAUUCUGUGUUCAAUUAGUUAACUUCCCAUACGGAAGCUAAAGCUUUGUAAAUUUGCAAUCGUGUUGGACUGGGGUGUGUUAGCUGUGGACGGCUGGCUUUGCCCAGAAGAUGGAUCGUUUGUUUGGAUUGCGGUCCUGCAAAUGCGCAUGAUGUGAUGGCAGGACCGGGUUAUAAGUUAAAGGAAUGUAUCUAUGUUUGGAAAGAAUGGGGGAAUGUUGGUGUGACACUAACAGUUUUGUAACUAAAGCUUCUUAUCCUCUGAUCUGUGAUAAAAUAACGAGGAAAGCUGGUAAUGGCAUCGGGGAGCCCUAAAACUCAAGUAAUUAAAAGCUAAAUGUUAGCUCUAACAAGCUCCAAAAAUCAACAUACUAAUAACAUUGGAAAUGCUUUAUUUAAUACCUGUCCUACCCUAGAAAGGAAUUUAAGCCCACAUCUGAUGAAAUGAAUUUUACAGUAGUAAGCAAUACAUAAUAAAAUUGUACCACUGCAUCGCCUCCCCGGUGUUGUUACAGAACUAGAGAGUGUUGAUAAAGUCAACAGCAGCUGUGUUUGUUUAUAUUGUUUCAAUUGUCUUAUAGCGGCCUCUCAACAACUUUACAAAGGAGCCAUUAGGCUAUGUAAAUUUUUUCCACAUCAAAAUAUCAUCAUGAAUUAAGCGAAUAUGAGUGUCAACAUUCAUGUCAACUUUUGCACAGAUGUGAUUAUGGCAGUGAUUAUUCCCCAAAUUGUCAUGAAAGUUAAGCGCGCAGUGUUGCACUGCACGUUU